ACUAGUGGAAAUUGAAACCAAGUAAUGUGUGUAGUGUAGUGUAGUGGUGGACCAUUUUUGGAGGACACCUUCUUCUUCUCCUACCCCAAAAAGAAUCCCAUUUUCACAGACCAUAACCACAAAAAAGAACACCCAAAAAGCCAAAACCUUUAGAAAUGUCAAAACUCAGACCCUAUCCCAUGAUUUCACUUUACCUAUUAUCACUGAUUUUAAUCCAAACCCAUUUCUCAUUUUCAAAUGGGGUCUCAGUUUUGGACCUUAAUUCACUGAAAAUGAAUGAAAUUGAUAGAAUGGAGCAAAGGGUUUGUUCCCAGAAGAAAAAGAUGGGAGAUUGCUUGAGUGGUGAGCUGGAAAUGGAUUCAGAGAUCAAUAGAAGAGUUUUGGCUAUGCAGAAGAAGUAUAUAAGCUAUGAAACCCUAAGGAGAGACAUGAUUCCAUGUGGAAGACCAGGUGCUCCUUACUACAAUUGUCAUGUUGGACCAGCUAAUCCUUAUAGUAGAGGUUGUGAGGUUAUCAGUGGAUGUAGAGGUAUGAACCAAAUCAUGGAUUUUCGAAAAAGAUUCCAUCUUUGUUUGAACAGUUCAUUAGAGCUUUAUAAAUAGAAGCUGGUCAGCUGAGUUUUCAUAAAUCCAUUUUCCUUCUUAAAGUAGAUAGAUCUGAGUUCCUUUUGAUUAAAGGAAUAGCAAUCUACUUGUUGAUUCACACGGGAUUUCACAUGUCUCAUGCUACUCGGGUCAGAGCAUAAGCUAGUGAUCGUAUAAACACUCAAAACUCCUAUUCGGGUGUCUUAUAUCCUACCUCUAUUUGUUUCUGAUUCAUAUAUUGAGACAGAUUCUGUUUUUCUACGGUUGUAUAGAAUUUUAAAUAUUGUUAUGGUUUUUAAGAAUUUAUUUAUAGAAAAUACAAACUUUUUAUGUUUUCAUGUUAUUUUUAUAUUAUACUCUUAAUUUUGUUGUUAGUUUUUUGUUUUUGUAUAUUAUUAUUGUGUUGUUAGUGCUCUGUUACUUUUUAUAUGA